GAAGAGCUGAAAUCAAUGAUUCGAAUGUUACCAAUAUGGGCUUCUGGGAUUCUUCUUGCAACAGUCUUUGCACAAGCAAGCACCUUCUCCCUACAACAAGCUAGAACCAUGGAUCGUCACCUUUCUCAUUCCUUCCAAAUCCCACCAGGUUCCAUGUCUGUCUUUGCCAUGAUUACAACGCUCACGACACUAUCCCUUUACGACCGCAUCAUCAUCCCGGUCGCUAGACGGUUUACGGGUCUCGAUAGAGGCAUCUCCUUACUCCACCGCAUGGGCAUUGGGUUCACAAUCUCUGUCUUUGCUACCUUUAUUGCUGGAUUCAUUGAGAUCAAACGCAAACAUGUAGCUUCUGUUCAUGGCCUCACAGACGAGCCACACUCAACCAUCCCAAUUUCGUUUGGUUGGCUUGUCCCUCAAUAUGUUCUCCAUGGUUUGGCUGAAGCCUUCGUUAACAUUGGACAAAUUGAAUUCUUAUAUGAUCAGGCACCCGAGAGUAUGAGGAGCAUGGCUGCUGCAUUGUAUUGGACAGCGAUGUCGAUGGGAAAUUAUUUUAGUACAAUACUUGUGACGAUGGUAAAUGUGUUCACUAAGGGGAGUUGGCUUCAAGACAAUCUAAACAAGGGGAAGUUAGAGUACUACUAUUGGUUGAUCACAUUGUUGCAGGUUUUGAAUCUCAUAUACUACCUGUUAUGUGCCAAGUUCUAUUCAUGGAAGCCCAUUCAGCAACACCAAAAAGGGGUUGAUUCCGAAGCCGGAAUUGAACUUGUCGGUCGGGAUUAA